AUGGGCUUGUGGGGUUAUACAAUUCUCCGCACUGUAUAUACCAAAGAAUCCGAUGCACUAUUCCCAAUCGCCAUUGGGAAGCUCCCUUCAAAAAUGGCGACUGACCAAAAGUCCAACGGCUCAGUCAAUGAAGAGCUAGGGCGCCGGUUCCGCGUGGAAGUGGUUGAAGACAAGGACAAGCUGAACCUGCCAAACCUUGACGAUGCUACCUUUGAGGACAUCAAGGCUUUUCGCAGGUACUUCGAUCAAUGGGUUGUUGCCUUGGGAGAGGAUCCAAGUACUGCUGAGUACUCUACAAGCCCCCGUCUCUGCGACUUUCUCUUGGUCGACUCUGCGUCACUCCGUUCUCUUGCUGCCCUGCCUGAUAGAACGCCCCCUCUCUGCCUUGCAGUUGAUUUCGCAGAGAAACAAGGCUGGCAAAAAGAUGGCUCUGCCCAUGUGUGGCUAGUGGAUUGUCGAGCUGUCGGACGUUAUGAUGAAGGCAACCGUAGUCCCGAAAGACGCGGGUGGAUGAAGCUGGAUACUUGCAAUAUUCAGGAUUGUUGGCUCAUCAGAGCAUCAAGGCUGGAUAGGGAAGACUGGAUGCUAGGGUGUGCUGAGCGGCCUGAGGGAUCUGGCAACUAUUGGUAUGACGAUUUCUUCUAA